AUGACUACCCCCGCGUUAUCAUAUUACAAUGACUUGCUUCUCGAGAUAUCAACCAAUUUGCAAAACACGCUAAACACAUUUGGGCCUACGUCGCACCAGUACAGAGAUGUCCUACAGACGCUGAAGGACUGCAUUCAACAAAUCGAGCAGAAUAGCCAACAAGUCAAGCCAGAGUCAUUGGAUCCCUUGAGGCUGGGCCUGGCCAUGGAACUGUUGAGCCUGAAAGAAUAG